GACGAAUAGAAUUCCCAUAUAGUAUUGAAUGACUUCGCUUAAACGUUUUGUACUUGGAUUUCAAGAAUUUCUUACAACUCCAAGCCGUUUAUGGAGAAUGCAUUAUCAUUUAACACAGUUCACAUCUAGUCAAAUUCAUAAUACAAAAAUUCAUGAACAUCAACGUGAACGACAAAAACGUCUGCAGAUUCGGAUUCCAAGUACAGACAGAUUGGUAACAAUGGCUUCUCAAAGUGAUCAGUCUACUUCAAGUGGUGAUAAAUUGUCUGAAUCUAAUACUGAAGCAUCUGCUUCACGUCCUCAUUUAUCGCAAUCGUCAUCACCGUCAUUAUCGCAGACUAAACGUCCUACAUCACCGGAUUCACAUGGUUUAUUAGAACCACUAGCGAGAAUGUGGUUAAUAAAUGUGGGCUUAAUUUUGGUGUUAGCUGUACUAUCCUAUUUCUUCUCACUAAUCCCACUAAGUCCGUCUCUCGUAUCAUAUCUUGAAUCUUCACGUUCCUUCCUGGUCAUUCAACGAAUUUUCUCCUGUACCGUACAUAUAGCCUUACUCUUGUUUAUGGAGUUAGUAAAUCUGUUAUACUUAAAGAAAAUAUGUGAUCGUAUAACUUUAUUGUCUAUGUGUAAAGAAUAUCGUUAUAUUCAACGUACUGGAUCUCGUAGUAGUAUGCUUCUUUCAGGCUUUGCUAGUUUUUCUGGUGAUAGUUCAAAUUUCUUUAAUUCUGCAAUCGGUGGUACAAUAAUGGAUCGUUUAUAUACACUGAUUUUCUUCAUGACAUUUCAAUUACAAUGGAGUUUGUUGGCCACAUUAUCUGCUAAUUACUGGAUUGGAAAUGUUAUAAAUGCCUUCUCUGUGGCAUUCUUAUAUGCAUGUUAUGCAUUUGAAUAUCGUUGGAGGCAAGUUGCCGGUACGACAUUUGAAGGUUUUCUAGCACAAAUAGUCGAUAAUUGGACGUAUUUUCUUGGUUACGGUCUACCAUUGGGAUGCUCUUCCAUUAUAUUUCCACAUUUUAUUGGUUGGGGUGGUGUUAUCCUUGCGAUUGGUUAUCCAGUGUUAGUAAUUGGUGCUCUUGGUAGUCGUUGGCGUCCAUUUGAUGAUAGAAUCAAUGUUAAAGACGAAUGGAAGGUAUUACGUCUUCUACGCUAUUGCUUGAUCAUCUCCUUACGACCAGCUCUUUGGGUUUCAAAUCUACUUGUACAAACUGGUGCAUGGAUUGUUUAUCAAUUUUGGCUUCGACAAAACUAUCCAACAGACGCUGGUGGUGGUGAUCACAGACGAUUUUAAGUUGUUUUUCAUUUCUCAUUUACUUUUCAUUGUUAUUUCACACUUUUUUGUCUGCUGUUUAUUUCCUGUUGUGAUUUGCUGCGUUUUUAUCGUUUUUUCCCCGAGUGUAUUAUGCGCUGUAAAUUCAAUUUAUAGGGUGAUGCAUUCACUGACACUUAGGGAAAACCAAAUAAACACCAGUUGCUGUUUUUUUGCUGUUGUUGUUGUAUUUUUUUUCGAAAUAUUCUCCCUUACUCUCUAAUGCUUCCGCUGCUUUAUUCAGAUUUCAAAUUUGUAUUUUAUUUGACAAACAUUUGCAUGAUGUCGGCAUAGGUGUCAUCAUCAGUAUAAAUUGCAUAAUUUGAACAAAUACACACAUUAAGGUAUAUAUAUUUAUGCAUCCAGUCUACUUGCUAUACAUCCUUUCCUUUCUUCUUGCCUAAUAUUUUAUCGCCUUCAGUAGUCUGUGUCUUCAUCUAUCCUCAGUGCCAAAGCCUCUUCGUCUCUUUUCCUCUGUCAUAUUAUAUACCUUACUAGUACAUGCAUAUAUAUAUAUAUAGUUUAUAUAUUGAUGUAAAAUCAGCUGUGUUCAGUAACCUUCACUUCGUCUUUCCCCGAUUCCAUUGUCUAUUUGUUUGCUUUAAUAUGGUCUGCUUUUAUUUUUUUGUGAACAGAUUUUCUGAUGUAUUAUAUUUCUAAAAAGUUUACUGAUAGGCAUAAUUAUUCUUUUCUCCCCCUCCUUGAAGAAUACUUUCAUUAAUACUUAAUUGAAUAUAUAUUCGGUAUCAUCAUUGUUAUAAGUCGACACAUUCAUUACAUACUGAUUACUUAUUAUUACGUUGGAAAAGUUGAAGCCGGUGUCUGUUCGUCUGUGUGUGUGUGUGUGUGUGCGUGCUUGCGUG